AUGCUUAGAAGUGCAGCUGGAGCCAUAGGAACAGAUCAUCAUUUAAUGCGUGUCAAAAUCAAAUUACAUUUGAAAAGUCGAAAGAAACUAAUGAAACAGAGAAGAGUUCAAUAUGACAUUACUAAAUUUAAAGAUGAUAAAGCAUUAGAAUCGUUUCAAUGUGAUCUCCGUGGAACUAUCUCUGGUACAUCUGAUGAUACAAUUAGUAUUGAUGAAAAAUACUCAUUAUUCAUGGAACAUUUGAAAGUAAAUGCAGAAAAACAUUUUAGAUUAGACAAGAAUACUAACCGAAAAAGAAAAGAAGGGCUCACGGACGAAAUAUUACAAAUCGUAGAUCAGAAAUCAUUACCUCUCCUAAAUUGGCAGAAUCACCGUGGCACUAAUUUAGAAAUAGAAACCAGAAAUAAGUAUCGACGUCUUAGAAAAUUAGCUAAGAAGAAAAUCGAUGCACGUCAAAUUGAAUACUGGGAUGAAAUUUGCGAAGAAAUAGAAAACUCUAUUAAACUGAAUGAUCCAGCAGCUGCUUUCUCGAUCAUAAGACGUUUACGCGGUGGCAGUAAACGAAUUGAAAGCAUGCCAAUUAAAGAUAAGAGCUGCAAACUACUUUUGAACUCAUCAGAUCGACUACAACGAUGGCGUGAACACUUUGAUGAACUACUUAAUGCUCCAUCAACAGUCGAUCAAAAACUUAUUGAUGAAAUUCAAAUUGAUACAUUAUCUAAAGAAGAGGAAAAGAGACAAAACACUGUACCAUCAAUAGGAGAAAUAAGAAGAGCAUUAUCUCAAAUGAAAUCAAGGAAAGCACCAGGAAAUGAUGAAGCAAAAGUGAGAGUUGAAGGUGAAUUAUUGGAUAGUUUCUUAAUUGAAAUUGGAGUGCAACAAGAUGGUAUACCAUCACCAAUCCUGUUUAACAUUUUAUUUGAUUUUAUCAUCAGAAAAGUUAUAGAAGAGGCUGGUAUUGCUGAAGCCAAAUUUUCUUAUGGUACUAAUGAUUUUUUUCAUGACAAACGGGAAACCUAUGAGAAUUUUAACAUCUUAACACUACUUUAUGCUGAUGAUCUUGCAGCUAUGUGUGAAGCAGCAUCUGAUCUAGCAACAUUUAUUCGAACAUUUGAAAAAGUGACUGAAGAAUUUGGAUUGACAAUGAGUGUUAAAAAACAUGUAUUAUGA